CAGAUAGGUUAGUAUUUAUCACCCAUACUGUAGUUCUUAGAAUGGUAUGAAAUUGACCCUAUUAAGACGGUGUUUCGGUUCUAUAAAAAGGAAAAUGCAUCAAAUAACAAGUUCAUCAAUCGUGCCUCUUAAUGUGCGUGGCAUGAAAGAACUCGACAGACAAAAGUUUUUGCGUAAAUUAACUGUUCCUAUUCUUAGAAUCCCCGAGGAGAAAGUAUCAAAAAUUACUAAAACUUGUAAGCCAUACUUUUUGAAAAUGGAAAAUAUUAAGCCAGUACAAAGUGCAACAAAUAGCCUGUUUAAAGAAAUUAUUUUAAAUCCCGAUAAAGUGACAAAAUGGAGCGACAUUUCAGAAAGUGACUAUCAGGAACUACAAAAACAUGGUGUAGAUGAAGCCAGCUUCAUAACCAAAGAUAUCCAGUUGGGUUACGAUAACUUUAAGUAUGAAACCAUUUUUAAAGCCGUUCUGCCUGAGGGUGAAGAGACUGUCAGUGGGUUCUCACAAAUUGGUCACAUAAUUCACCUCAAUCUCCGAGACCACCUCCUCGAUUAUGCUCCCCUUAUCGGCCAAGUCCUUAUGGAUAAAAUUAAGACCUGCCGAACUGUUGUCAACAAGUCCAACAUAAUAGACAACACAUACAGGAAUUUUAAGAUGGAUGUGAUAGCAGGAGAUGAAGACUUCCUUGUAACGGUUAAGGAAAAUCAGUGUCAAUUUCAGUUUGACUUCUCCAAAGUAUAUUGGAACCCCAGACUUGGCAAGGAACAUGAAAGAAUUCUCAGCUUUUUGAAACCUGGUGAUGUUUUGUUUGAUGUGUUCUGUGGUGUAGGACCGUUCUCCAUUCCGGCAGCUAAGAGAAAAUGUAGAGUGUUCGCUAAUGAUUUAAAUCCAGACUCAUUCAAAUGGCUCAAUGAGAAUGCAAAGAAUAAUAAAAUCAAUAACAAGUUCUUCAAAUCUUUUAAUGAAGAUGGCAAAGAUUUUAUUUGUAACACUUUCAAAGAGUUUAUUGAAGAUUUGUGCAAUGGCAAGGAACAAUUACCAGUUGGAGCAAAAGUGCAUGUUACAAUGAAUUUGCCAGCCCUCGCUGUUGAAUUUUUAAAAUACUUUAAACAUCUGAUUACAGACAAAGAUUUAUCAGAAAAAAUCAACUGUGAUAUAAUUGUAUAUCUCUACUGUUUUGCUGUUGGUGACAAUCCUUUUGAUGUUGCAAAACGGAUGGUCAUUGAUAACAUUGGUGUUGAUAUGUCUUCGGAUAUUUUGGAUAUUUUUGAUGUAAGAAAUGUCUCACCCAAGAAAGAAAUGAUCCGGGUAACAUUUAAAUUGACUAAAGAUGUCCUAUUUGGUGUUGACAGUGAUACAGAACCUCCUAAGAAAAAAAUGUGUAUAAAUGAAGUAAAUGAAAACAAAUAGUUUCCUUUGUUUCAACAAGAAUAAACUUUA